AUGGAAGAAUAUAUUGAUGACAGAAUAAGAAGAAGAAAAGGACGUGACGAAAUGGAAGAAGAAAUGGAUAAUAGAAGGGGGAGAAGAAAAGGACGUGACGAAAUGGAAGAAGAAAUGGAUAAUAGAAUGAGAAGGAGAAAAGGUCGUGACGAAAUGGAAGAAGAAAUGGAUAAUAGAAUGAAAAGGAGAAAAGGUCGUGACGAAAUGGAAGAAGAAAUGGAUAAUAGAAUGAGAAGGAGAAAAGGUCGUGACGAAAUGGAAGAAGAAAUGGAUAAUAGAAUGAAAAGGAGAAAAGGUCGUGACGAAAUGGAAGAAGAAAUGGAUAAUAGAAUGAAAAGGAGAAAAGGUCGUGAUGAAAUGGAAGAAGAAGAAAUGGAUAAUAGAAGGGGGAGAAGAAAAGGACGUGAUGAAAUGGAAGAAGAAAUGGAUGAUAGAAUGAGAAGGAGAAAAGGUCGUGACGAAAUGGAAGAAGAAAUGGAUAAUAGAAUGAGAAGGAUAAAAGGACGUGACGAAAUGGAAGAAGAAGAAGAAGAAGAAGAAGAAGAAGAAAUGGAUGAGAGAGUGGAUAACAUAAAAAAGCUUAGUAAAGUAGAAGAAAAGAAGCAUCGUAAAGAAAUAGAAAAGAAGCAGCGUGAAGAAAAAGAAAAGAAUCAUCGUGAAGAAAAAGAAAAGAAUCAUCGUGAAGAUAAAGAAAAGAAGCAUCUUAAAGAACUAGAGAAGAAGCAUCGUAAAGAAAUAGAAAAGUUGCAACGCGAAGAAAUGGAAAAGAUGCAUCGUGAAGAAAAAGAAAAGAUGCAUAUUAAAGAAAAAGAAAAGAAGCAUCGUGAAGAAAUAGAAAAGAAGCAUCUUAAAGAAAUAGAAAAAAUGCAUCGCGAAGAAAUGGAAAAGAUGCAUCGUGAUGAAAAAGAAAAGAUGCAUCGUGAAGAAAAAGAAAAAAAGCAUCUUAAAGAACUAGAAAAGAAGCAUCUUAAAGAAAUAGAAAAGAUGCAACGCGAAGAAAUGGAAAAGAUGCAUCGUGAAGAAAAAGAAAAGAUGCAUAUUGAAGAAAAAGAAAAGAAGCAUCGUGAAGAAAUAGAAAAGAAGCAUCUUAAAGAAAUAGAAAAAAUGCAUCGUCAAGAAAUGGAAAAGCUGCAUCGUGAAGAAAAAGAAAAGAUGCAUCGUGAAGAAAAAGAAAAGAAGCAUCUUAAAGAACUAGAAAAGAAGCGUCUUAAAGAAAUAGAAAAGAUGCAUCGUGAAGAAAAAGGAAAGAAGCAUGGUAUAUGGGGAAGCAGGAAAAAAAAUAAUGAGGCGAAAGAAAAGAAGCAUGGUAGUGUGAGUAGAAAAAAAGUAAGUAAAGAAAUAGAUGAAAUAAUAUCUAACGUGUGGGGAGGCGGAUUAAAACAUAGUGACGUAGAUCAAAUAUUAGGUACGAUGCGGGGACGAAUAAAAGUAGUUGGUGAAAAAGGUGAUCUUGUGGAUUAUGAGACGGAACAAAAUAAAGGAAAUGAUGAGAUGGAAGAUGACACUAGUGGGACCGGGGGGAGUAAUAGAAGACAUGGACAAAUUGAAGAUAUGCAUGGCAGGAAAGGGAGUAAUAGAAGACCUGGACAAAUUGAAGAUAUGCAUGGCAGGAAAGGGAGUAAUAGAGGACAUGUUGAAAUGGGAAAAAAGACAGAUGAAACAAGUGGGAGUAAUCGAGGACUUGGACAAACUGAAGAAGGGAAAGAUGAGAGAAAUAAACGAAAAAAAGUGCAUAGGGAAACACAAGAAGAAUUUGGUAAAGAAAUUGUCAAAGAAGUUGAUCAAGAAAUUGAAGAAAUGGCCGAAGAAAUUAGCGAAGAAAUUGGUCAAGAAAUUGAAGAAAUUGCCGAAGAAAUUGGAGAAAUUGCCGAAGAAAUUGAGGAAAUUGGCAAAGAAAAUGGCGAGGAAAUUGGUCAAGAAAUUGAAGAAAGUGGCGAAGCAAAUGGCGAAAAGUUUGGCGAAAAAUUUGAAGAAAUUGGCGAAAAAAUUGGCGAAGAAAUUGGCAAAAGAAUGGGAAAAGAAAUGGAUGAACAAUGUGAAGGAAAGAAGGGUGAUCGAAAUAGAAGAAGAAGAGGAGGAGAUGGAGAUGGAGGAGAUGGAAGAGGAAGAAGAAGAAAUGUUCAUGUAGAAAAACAUAUGUCUGAGAUAAGGGGAAAUAAGGAAUGCGAUGUUGAAAUAGAAGAAGAUAUAGAUGAACGAAAGCGUAGUAAAAAUGAAAAUUUUGAAAUUGAUGUAGAGGGAGGUGACAGAACCCGAAGAAAAAAAAGUGAGGGUGAAGUUCAUGAAGAUGUACAUGAUAAAAAAGAGGAAAAGGGGGCGGGUGAAAUGAAGAAUGUGACAGAUAGCAGAAGGGGCAGUAUAAACGGAGAUGAUGAGAUAAAAGAACCUACUAGUAAUAAAAAAAGUAGAAAAAUUGACAUAAAUGAGGGUGAGCAAAUGGAUGAUACAGAGAGACGCAGAAAAAUGCAUGAAGAAGUGGAAGAAGAUUUUGAUCACUCAAUUGAAAAAAAAAAAGGGGGUGAUGAAUUAGAAGAAAAUAUUGAUAAUCGAGAGGGAAGUAGAAAGGGAGAUGAUGAAAUUGAAGCAGAAACAUAUGACAAAAGAAGAUUAAGAAAAAGCAGAAAAGUGAAAGAUGAAACGGAAGAAAAAAAACAUGGCGAAUCAGAAGAAGGAGAAGAAGAGGAAGAAGGAGAAGAAGAGGAAGAAGAAGAAGAAGAAGAAGAAGAAGAAGAAGAAGAAGAAGAAGGAGGAGGAGGAGGAAAGAAGCAUGGUACGUGGGGAAGCGAGAAAAAAGAUGGUAAAAAAAAAGAAAAGAAGCGUAGUACGUGGGGAAGCAAAUAUAAACAUGGUGAAACAGAAGAAACAAUGGAUAACAUGCAGGGAGAAACAAAAGUAGUUGACUCUUAUCCUGAAGAUGUGGAUGGUGGAAAAGGAAAAAAAAAAGGAAUUGAUAAAAUGGACGAAGAUAUGGUUAAAAAGUUAGGAAGUAAACUGAAUGUAAAUCGUGAUGAUGAAUUUUAUUACAGAGAAGGAGAUAGUGAAAUGGAAGAAAAAAUUUCUGACAAAAGAGAAAGAGAAAUGAAUUUAAAAGGGUAUGAGAAAACGAAUAAACGAAUUUCAAGUGAACCGAUCGAAAAUAAUGAAGGUGGUGCAAUUGAUGAAAAAGGGAACGUCAAAACAGGUGAGCGCAGCGUGAAUAAAAAGAGCGAAAAAAUGAAAGGUCAAAUAUUAGACAAUUCAAAGGGGGAAACGAAGAAAACAAAUGGGCAGAAUAAUAUGGAAAAAGGAUCCUCAGUAGAACCAACUAUUGAUCUAUUGAAAGAAGACCUUGAACCCGAAUUUGUAUGUAACUUUCGAAGAGAGCCCUUUUUAAGAAAACCACUAGUUCAUUAUGUUGAUACUGACGUAAAUGAUACAGAAGCUGAAGAUAAAAUUGAUUGUGAUACUUUACGUAAUCGUUCCUUGCAUUCAGAGUUUAUAUUAAAAAACUUAGAAACGAAUGUACAUAAAUACCCUUUUUAUUCCAAAAAUUUUGUUAUUCCUAUGAAUUUGAAUGAUAGAAAAUUGAUUAAAAUGGUUGAUUCAUUAGAUGAGUUUUCGGAUAAGAAAGAUGUAUUUUAUGUAUGGAAGCUAUAUCGUUGGUCUCAGAGAAAUAAAUAUGUUAACAUUUUAGAUGAACUAUGGAAUAUAUAUGAAGAAUUAAAAGAUGAGCAUAAUUUAUAUGAAAUUUUAUUUAAAAGACGAUGGAAAAAAUGUUAUAAGAUGUUUAUGCAUAUUACAAAAUCUGAAGAAACUUAUUUUAAUAAUGAUUUUAAAGCCCUGGUUGAAAAUAAAAAUACAAAAAUGGAUGAUUUUAAAAAUUUCUUUAAGGAUAGUUUAAAAAAAUCAAUGAUAUUCUUAGAAAACACUGAAGAUAAAUGCAAAAGUUUUUUAGUUCCAACUCAACUCGGAAACAAAAUCGGCAACAUUAAUAUAGCAAGAGGGGUCAAUACAAAGACACAUUAUACCCAAAGGUCGGAAUGA